UGUUCAAAUGAACGUAAUAUUAAUGAGAAUUGCAUUGACAGCAUUUUCAUACUAUAAAAUCUUCAAUAUUAAUAUUAAAACUCAAUACUUAUAUUGUUUAAUUGUUCCUGUGAAUUAUACAAAGAUGAACAAAUAAGCAAAAAUGGCUACUUAUUUCAGUGGAUCACAAACACAAGACUCUGAUGAAGUUAAAGAAAUGUAUUGUGAGGAAUGUGACAGACAUGGUGAUGGAUAUGCUACAGCUGUAGCUUUCUGUGUAGAUUGUGAGGAUUAUAUAUGUGUGACCUGUCAAAGAUAUCAUAAGAGACAAUUUAAAACUCACAAAAUCCAAGACAGUAACAGUAUGCCGCAGGAUUUUUAUUUUGAGAAAUGUUCCACUCAUCCUGGACAGCUGGUCAAAUUUUACUGUUCUGAAUGUAAGACAGAAGCCUGCCAAGAAUGCAAGGAUAAUGGGCAUGUAAACUGCAGAGAUAUCGCCCAUUUACCAACGCUUGCUUCAGACAUACAAAAAAGUGAUGAACUAAUAAACUUUAGCAAAAAUAUGGAUCAAUUGUCAAAGGAUAUACAAGACACAGAAAAGCUGUUGGAUGCUAAAAGUGAAGUGAUUAAGAAACAAGAGGAAAAUGUAACUGAAUCAUGUACUGAGCAUAGCAACAAACUGAUAACAACUUACAAACAACAUCAUCAAGAUCUAAUUGAUGACUUUGAUAACAAAAUGGAAGAGACCAUUGCUAGGUUGGAAAAAGAAAGGUUAGAACUAAUUCAAAAGUUAUCUGUAAAGGAAACAAAAUUUGAAGAAAAUAUAAGACAAGCUGAAACAGAUAUGAAAGAAGAGGUUGUUGAGACAAACACAAACUUUAAAAAACUCAAGUUUGAACAUUUGAAUUUAGUUGGAAAUUUGAAGGCUCUUACUGUAGAUUUAGAACAGGCUCAUAAAGUUGGUAAAAACUGUGAACUAUUUAUAAAACUGAAGUUAGUGAAACAAAUGUGUAAACAAAUUCAAGUCACCACUGACCAAAUACAACAUUCCAAUAUACAACGAUACAAACUAAAAAAAUCUGACAUUCAACCAACAGUAAAAUCUCUAGAGAAUCAAACAAGCUUUUUCUCAUUCGAUGAAGUACAUGUAUCAGCUGUAGAAAGAAGGCUUACCUUUGAUUUAAAUAUCAAUCAUGAGUUUAAAAGAAUAAUUUCUUUACUUGUGCUAUCUGAACAUACACUUCUUGCAUUAAAUUAUGAUAGGUGUACUCUAGUCAUAUUUAUACUUGAAAAGUCAAAUGCAAAAUGUAUUAAAGAAACAAAAUUUAAAAACCUACCUUGUGGAAUAACAAAAGUUUCAGAUCAUAAAGUUGCUGUAACAUUUCCAUAUGAAAGAAUGAUCAGACUGAUUACAUUUUCUGAGGAAAUGGAAGUUUUAAAUACCACUGAGAUUCCAGGACAUGGUUGCUGUUUUGGUAUUGCUUACAGUAAUAACCAUCUUGUUGUUUCACAUAACGAAUCCUUUACAGAAAAUAUUAAUAUUUUAAGUAUGUCAGGUGAAAUAGUGAAAUCAUUUGACACAGAUGACAACGGUCAGACUCUGUUUAACAAUCCUUGGUACUUGACUGUCAGUCCUGACAAUUCUAUGAUAUAUGUCUCUGAUUGUGACAGACACACCGUGACCUGUUUGACCUUUGAUGGUACGGUGAAGGCUAUCUACAAAGAUGAUCAACUGAAAUGUCCUCUCCAACUUGCUGUUGAUGAAUAUGGAUCAGUUUAUGUGUGUGGUCGUGACUCAAACAAUGUCCAUCAAUUAUCACAUGAUCUCACCAAAGUGAAAAUACUGUUAGAUAAAAAUCAUGGCAUGUAUACACCAGCAAGUAUUGCAUACUGCCAGAAUACCAAGAGAUUAUUGGUGGGAAUGAAUCAAAGUAGUAAAAUAAAGAUUUUUAAUGUGUCACUUGAAUAAAAUAUCUCAUCACUUUCACAGUCUCAUUAACAACAAUGUAUCUUACUGCUAGAACUAUUCUCACACUUACUCUAAUCACAUGUUCAAAUGAAAAGCUUUGAAACAUAACCAUCUAGAAAAACUGGAUCAGUAUAUUGUGUUUGCAUGAGUGAGGCAAUAUCUAUCAAUAAUUAUGUGACCUCAGUGAGGCUCGCCAAAACAAAGAUCUUGAUGGACAAAAACCAUGGUAAAUCUUCUAAAAGUAUGGCAUAGUGGCAGAAUAAUAGUAGCGAAUAAAAAGACAUUGUGGGAAUGUGUGACAGAUUUCAAUGUGACACUAGGUUAAAAUAAAUAACUUUUUCAGAAAGUUAGUUUCAAAGUCUCAUUUUAGGGUGACUGAAUAUGGUCCUAAGACUCCUUAUAUAUAACCAUAACAACUUAACACUUUACUGAACUAUUGCACAUUGGAAUCUUGAAGUUAUAUGUUACUAUGUACAAACUGUCACAUAAUCAUCAAAUGUUUUAACCUGUUGCAUGGUGUACAAUAAUCAUGCCUGUAUUUUACUCUAUACUUAUAUUUAUUAACAUCAAGUCUUUUAACCUGCUGUAUGGUGUACAAUAAUCAUGCCUAUACUUUACUGUAUACAUAUAUUCAUUAACAUCAAGUCUUUUAACCUGUUGUAUGGUGUACAAUAAUCAUGCCUAUACUUUACUGUAUACAUAUAUUCAUUAACAUCAAGUCUUUUAACUUGUUGUAUGGUGUACAAUAAUCAUGCCUAUACUUUACUGUAUACAUAUAUUCAUUAACAUCAAGUCUUUUAACCUGUUAUAUGG